CAUUGAGCGUGAUCUUGCUUGCCAUGGCCAGAGCAGCAGCCCCCCACAUAUGGAUCAAUGGCUUCCCCGGCGUGGGCAAGCUCGCCGUCGCCAGGGAGCUCCAGCGCCUGAUGCCGGGAUCCGUCCUCAUCGACAACCACCAGCUCAUCGACGUCGUGGACCUCCCUCGCGAUCACCCCGACUACACCGCCCAGCGGGAACGCGUGCGGCUCGAGGCGUUUGACAAGUGGGUGCAUCCGCAGACGGACAGUCAAAGCGCCUGCGGAGAUAUCGCUGAGCAACUACGCCAGACCGUUAUAUUCACCGACUGCCUGUCUGACGACGCCAUCGGGGUCGCGUGGGCUCAAGGUCACCAAGCCGCCGCGAACAAGGCCGGCCGUCCAUUUCUCCCCAUUUACCUCAUUUGCUCGCGCGACGAGAAUCUCAAGCGUGUCGUCAACCCUGAGCGUACACGGGGCGGCCGAAAGAAGCUCGUCGACAUAGACAUCAUGACUCGCUUCCUAGACAAACUCUCCAUCUACAGAUUUCCGGCGCUCGGCGUCGAGAUCAACACCACCAGCUUGGAGCCGCCGGCCGCUGCCAGGGAAAUUGUCCGCGCUUUGGAGGAACGCGUUCAGCGAUGACAGCCUCACGGAGAUCUACAGAUGAUAUGACAUGAAAGGCUUCACAUGCAAUUUCAUGUAGCCGUCCUUCUUCUGAUCAGGCUUGGCUACUGGAUAUACCCGGCAUCGCGAAACGCCCGCUGCAGAAUCUCCCGAAUGACCGGCUCCUUGCGCAGGUUAUACGCCGCGAGCCUCUCGCCCGCCGCGACCGCCUCCCCGGCCGCCCGCCGCUUCUCGCGCGCAUACAAGUCCCUGUCCUCGGGGCUCUUGGCCAGCCAGUCGCGGAAGACGCGGUGGCGCACCACCUCCGGGCAGUCGGGCCCGAAGACGUGCAGGUUGGCCUGCGGGUCGUAGCAGCUGAAGAAGCGGUGCUGGUGCCAAGCGGGCUCGCGCGUGCGAAAGUGCCACCCGGCGGCCUCGAGCGCCGGCACGUAGGCGUCCUCGUCGGCCGGGUCGGGCACCUCGACGUCGAUGUCGACGACGUCCUUGGCGGGGAGGCCCGGCACCGACGUGGAGCCCGCGUGCGCGAUGUGCAGGAUCGUGGACGGCGGGAGGGCCGCCUCGAUGCGCGCCUUGAGGAGCUCGUAGCGCUGCGGCCAGGAGGGGUCCGGCUCGACAAUCUCAAUGUUAUUGGGCACCUUGCGGGCGGACACCUUUUCGAUGCCGUCGGGGCUCCAGUCGUGGUGCGUGAUGAUGGCGUUGACGGAGGGUGCCAUGGCGAGUGUCUUUGUGCGCAGAGGAUGAGGCAACACAACAGGGGGAAAGCAAUCGCAAUAUGGGGCACUACACGUUCUUGAUUCUAUUCUUCGUCAAUACUUUUUAAGCAUGCUACGUGACUUGAACGCGUCCUCUCGCUCAACCGCCACGCUGUACUCGGUCAAUCGGCAAUGACUCACACGGCGCACACGUCUCACCUUACUUAUCCUACUUGCGGAAAAUGGAGUCGCGCGGGAAAGGAAAACAGUAAUAAGGGACAAGACGGAGACUAAGUUACUUCGUACGCGACGGGGAAAUCAGGGCAAACAAGCCGUUGUCAACUUUGACCCCCGUUUGCGCAGCGAUGCUUCUUCGGCGAGCCCUUUGGGGAAUAGUGUCAGCGGAAAGGAAUGGCGGCACAGGAGUUCACCGUGACCCAAAACGACCAACAGAAACGACGAGUACGUAGGUGCAAGCGGCUCUUUCUAUUCGCGAGAGUCGGCGAUGGAAAUGUUUCUCGUCGCUGGCAAAACUGUCAUGGGUG